CAGCUCUACCUCCCCUCUCUCCCCUCCUUAGUUUCCUAGCUACUACCAACUACUACUGAACUGCGAUAGCUGAGGUGCUGAGUUGGAGCGGUAUAUAAGCUGGCCCGGAUGGUCGAGGUCGACCACUGGCUCAGCUCCCGCUGGCAUACGCAAAGCACACACGAUCUUUUGCUGUGUCGGCUGGUGUCUGCUUCCGCUGAAAUAAUCUGAGCUCCAAGCUAUAGCUAGCCAGAUCGAUGACCAUGGCGCCUAGAACAGCCAGCAGGGAGGCGAACUGCGCCGGCGCCGGCGGCGUGAGGCAGUACAACCGGUCCAAGGUGCCGCGCCUCCGGUGGACGAGCGCCCUGCACCGCUGCUUCGUCCACGCCAUUCACAGCCUCGGAGGCCACGACAGGGCGACGCCGAAGCGGGUGCUGCAGCUGAUGGGGGUGGGAGGGCUCACCAUUUCUCAUGUCAAAAGCCAUCUGCAGAUGUACAGGAACAUGAAGAAUGAUCUUGGAAUGCAAGGCCGGAUGCAGCCAGCAGUGCAACAGUCGUCGGGCCAGGAGGGGCACACACGCUCAGCAGGAGGAUGCAUGGAAGUCUGCACCGACGAAGAUGAGGAGUGGCAUGUCCCCGGCUACGACUCGCCAAUGCCUAGAAAGGAGUCGACGCCGCUGCCGCUCCACCCGCAACUGAAAAGGAGAGCAGGGGAAUCUGAGCCGGGGACGGGGACGAGGGAGGAGGCGAGCGCGAGCCCCACGAGCCUGCUGAGAGUGCAAGGAGGAGGAGGAAUAUGCGAGUCGUCGUCGAGCCACGCACCGGCAGCCGGUGGCAACUACUACCUGCGUAUGAAUAUGAACAUGGUACAGGAGCAGGCCGUACUGCAAGCGGCGCCCGUGGCGGCGGCUCGCUUGGUGGAGCCCCGCGGUUUGACGGCGCUGGGAAUACAGCAGAAGCAGCGGCAGCGGCGAGGGCCGUGGAUGCCUGCAAGGUUGCACGGCGGCGGCGACGGCGAACCCGCCGCCUCCGAGCUCAAGUUCUUGGGGUUCCUGGUCGCUCCGGGACAUCCUCCCCGUGCUGCCAGCCGCUGCGACGGCCACCCUUUUGAGGUGGGCACGCCUCCUACCCGCCCCGCGGCACACGGAGCCAGCCUCACCGACGGUGCCCAUCCGUGCAGACUCGAGCCGCCGGGCAACCUCGUCGACGGCGGGUUCACGAAUCCGAUGUCGACAACCGUGGCCGGCGAACGCGACGGUGGCUGCUCCCUCUCGCUGUCGCUAGCGCUGGCACUGUGCCCGGCCGCAGACGGGAGCCUGCUCUCGUCGUCGUUGUCAUCUUCGUCGUCGUCGUCGUGCGGAAGCCGGAUCAGCCUCGACCUGUCGCUGUCCACGCUCGACUCGUAGAGACCGGCUCUGUGCCCUAUGCCCGUAUGUACGUGGACUGGUUGGCAUGCAUGGGCCCUCAUGGGCUGUCGUAACAGGUUUUGCCGAGUUGGUCCAUGUGAAAUAGUAUUAGCCUCUAGUUUUA